AAAUUAAGUGAAAAGUGGUCAGAGAAGUCACAAAACUUGCGAUGAAUACUAAUAACAACAAUUUAAUAUACCAAAUUGUUUUUCAGUGUUCUUUGAUUGUUGGAUAUUAUUUCAUUAAUACACAAGGUGGUCUUUGCUGGGCCUCUAUGAAUGUUAAUGGACGUUGCACAGAACUUAAAGCACCAGCAAUGUCUAAGAAGGAUUGUUGCAGUGACAACGUAUCUGGCACUGCCUGGUCCGAGGAAGAUUUAGAUUCGGGCACAUUAUUCUUUUGGCGGGUUUUAGGUGGUGGUGUGCAGUGCUCCGGCUGCAAAGAGAGUUGCAGUGAAGUGAAAUGCGAUGUAGGGGAGAAGUGCGUGGAGCGGAACGGUAGACCAAAAUGCGUUUGCGCGCCCGAUUGCCGAGGAAGUGCGAAGCGAACUCUCCCAAAGCAUGUGGCUGGUAAGCCAGUUUGUGGAACUGACGGCAAGAGUUAUCGAACUUUGUGCAGGCUUAAGAAGCGCGCUUGUCGAAGAAAAAAUUCAUCGCUUACUGUUGCAUAUUAUGGACCAUGUCAAAGGAGCUGCGAGAGAAUCAAGUGCGGCGGCGGACGCCAAUGCUUGGUUGAUCAAAACAUGAAGCCUCACUGCGUGCGCUGUGCCGUGCGUGCCUGUCCGCCCUUGGCGAAUUCUUCGACGAGCGAUCGUCGUUUGUGCAGCGCGGACGGCGUGACCUACAUGUCCGCGUGCUAUCUGAGAGAAGCCGCUUGCAGGAAAGGUAGAGCGAUACCGAUCGCAUACAGAGGACGUUGCAAAGAUAAUGCUACGUGCGACAGUAUACGUUGCAUGGAUCGCCAAGUUUGCUUAAGUGAGCCUACAACGCAAUUUCCUCGAUGUGUAACAUGUAGUUACAAAUGCAAAUCCAAAAACCAUCGAAUGCAUUUGAAUAUCCGAGGUUCGAUGGACACGGUACUCUGCGGUACCAAUAACUUAACGUACUACUCCUGGUGCCACAUGCUGCACGAUGCCUGCUCUACGGGCUACAUAAUUGACACCAGACAUGCUGGCGCCUGCAGAACCGAUCGAGGUUCAACAACCAGAAAAAAAAUUAGGCUCAGGUAAAAUUCCUAUUCAAACUCUAACAGUAUGGUACCCAAAGCAGCAAAUAUGAAUAUUAAUAAUUAAACUAAUUG